AUGGCUACCAGCAACGAGAAAUCGCAGCAGUCCAGUCUGACCUCCAAAAUACCACUUCAGAUCUUCUGUGCCAAUACAGAUCUUGGAGACCAUGAACCUCCGUGCAGAAAGCCUGGGUCAAAAGCUUGCAGUGGCUGUUUUUUGGUCCAGUACUGCAGCAAGGAAUGCCAAAAGAUCCAUUGGCCUGCACACAAGCUCGAUUGCAAAUCCCCUCUGAUCAAGGAGACUUGGAAACCGUCAUGGCAUAUGGAGAGACGAGAACCAGCCUUUAUGAGAGUCAGUUUUGUUCAUAACUCAUUUGGCAUGCCGAAAUAUCUCUGGGGGAAUGUUCCGGCGAUUGACCUGCUCAAUCUGAAAGACAAUGAAGCUGAUGCUACUGAAGAAAACUUUCGAUUACUAUUUGCAGGUGAUUUGCGAAAUUUCAUAAAGUCGGUUCUCGGGCUUCCUCAGAAGUACACCGGUAUGUUGGAAACAGUUGUCAACGAUAGGGAUUUUGAUCUUGUAUCACGAAAUGUGAUCCUUCUCUUAACAGCGCUACAUUUCGAUCCGGACACGGCUGCAAUAAUCAUGCUCCACCUCUGGUACUCUGCUCUGCUUCCUGGACGGAUACUCCAUCAGCUUCGCGAAUCCGUAUUACCACUCAUCCAAGAAGUGUGCAUGAAAAUCCAGGCAAAGCCAUCCGGGGGGAUGCUUUCUAAAAAAUGGACUCUUGGAGCGCGAUCACUACGGCUUGUCCUUCCUAAAGAGGAUUGGAACCUCCUAUUAUCCUAUUUUGAGGUGCCCAAAAGCCUGUCCGCUACCCAGGCUCAAAAGGUUCGCCGGGACACGACCAUGGCGUGUCAAAGAAAAGAUUAUCUGGACCGAGCGCUUUAUAAGAUCCCACCAGGAUGGCGAGCUGGAACGAUGAAGUUUCGUGAUGAUGGGAUAUUGCUACCGUUCAGCGCUUCGCGUCGAGAGUUUGACACUCCGAAUCCCACAUUCUACCAGAAUGAUUCCCGGUGGCCGCUUGCAGACUCUGCAGGACCUCUGGAAGGCUGGUCAAUUGAUGAGGUUUUGCAAAAAUUACCCGACGCAAAGAACGACAUAUAUGGGGCACUGUUCUUCUAUCUGAAGGACCUUCUCACUCGAUUCUGCAAGAAGAUUGCCAAAAUCUCAAUCAGCGUACAGCUCCUACAUGUGGACGCAGUCGAUUUGCCUGACACGCUUAGACAAUGUGGAGUCGGCGAGGAUUCAUUUGACAGAAUUGAGCUGUCCAACAUUUGUGAUGAAGUGUACAUAGGGCCCGUUCGCUGCCUUUUUGUCCUCGGUCCUCUUCUCCGAACGCCGGCGUCAAAUCCACAUGCGACGCUCCUCAUGUUGUUCCUCAAUGCGAUUGAAGAGACUUUCAUAAAAGAAGAGAAGAGGGGAAAUGUGGAUUUCGACUUCGAUCCCAUGAGGCCCUAUUUCCCACGACUGGAUGAGAUUCUCUCCAGAAGUGUUUAUGAUCCCGACAAUUUGAACGUAUGGGCCGCUACAGCGAAAUUCAGGGAUUUCGAUGGGCUAUGGGAGCGGUUCACAAAGGAUUGCCGAUUACAUGAGGUCGGAAAUGCGACCGGAAUGGUCAUGAAGGAGAAUACGAUCGUACCGAAAUGGCCCUUGAGGUUGAAGCAGCAUGCCACACAGGCAGAGUUCAGCAGGCUACAAGCAAGCGGUCGCACUGGCUGUGAACGAUACGCGGAGUGGAGAAGGGCGGCAUAA